UCCCCGGGGACAAGGACAGUAAGAGGGAGGACUGGUGACUGGCGCUCUAUUUUCAAUAUGGCGGAUGCUUCUGUGCAAGACAUUGUAAGCAAAGUUCGUGGCAUUUUGUCCCCGGUCGGACUUGAAUCGUAUCCUUUUAAGGUAAGUAUUUUCUUUAACAAGCCUCAUAAUACGUUUAUUAGGGGAUGCUUUGUUGACGGGGUGUUUGAAAGUUGAGAUGAUUGCGAUUUUUUGCAUGAAGUUGGCAAUAUUUAAGACUCAUAUAGGCCGAAUGCAGACAAAAGUACGCAAUUUAAGUUAAAAGACAAAUGAUACAGUUGGUAAAGUCUACGAUACAAAAAAUCAAGCUGACUAGGUAGAAGACAGGCUCAAAACACUCUGCUCGAGGCCAAAUUAUAAGGAUUUGUAUUGAAAUUUAGGGUGAGUUUGAUAAACCGCCGGUUAAAAUGUAGUUAACAGGCAUUAAAAGGUACAAACCUUAUAAAAAUAAUCAUGUCUUUCUGAUGUUAACCCUAGGCAGGAGGGGGGGGGGUGGGGGGGAUUGCUGUUUGACAGUAUAUUUUGGAAAAAACAAUCUUCACCCCAUACUCUACUGCCCCUCCCCUUCCACCCUCCCACCUGCUGGCUUUGUAUAUUGAAAGGUGGCUGAUUACAUUUUCACGUUACACAAUGUGGGAUAAAGUAACUGUUGACUCUAUUAUGAUAAGAGGCAAUCCACUGCUCAACUAGCAGCUGCCUGUGAUUCUCUGUGUAUGAUGUCACAUGGCUGUGUGUCAUCUGGAAGAGAUUUUGCUCAACAUAAGUGAUCAAAAGAUCUCACCCAUUUAUCUUGGUUUCAUUCACACCUAGAGUGAUUGGCCCUGAUCAGCUCUGAGUGUAUGCCUCUGUUUAAUAAAUAUGAUUGAAAUUUUAUUCACCUGAUCUUUAAAAGAAAUUAAUGUUUAAAAUUGCCUCUCGAGAUAGCUUUCUGGAUCCUCUGGUGUCCAUUUAGUCCUCAAGAAUUUAACUCAACCUGUCUCCAGCUGUAAGAAUAAUGACAAUUUUGUCCUUAAAAUGAGCAUAACCAGUUGAAUGACAUGAUUUUUUUCGGAUAAUGUUUUGUUAUCUCUUCAGAUUGGUUGGUACAAUGAUCAGCUUAUCCACAAAGCAUUCCAGCUUCUCCACCCAUAUGACACCCUUGCUCUUGUUAUCAUUAGUACUCCCCAUAUGUUUGAAGAGGGAUUCAAGCCAUUCAUACUGGAAAGCUCCUGCAUUGAAGGGCGAGACCCAGUUGAUGAAUUUAUGGCCCAUUUCUUUGAGAAAGUCAAGUGUCACUUUCCACAACAUGACAUAGAAGUUAUCCAUGACUUUGAAAUGCUCCCCAGUAGAAGACCAAAAGUGUUAGUCCAGACGGCAGCCCAUGUUGGUGGCGCGGCUUAUUACUACCAACGCAACAGUGUGUCAAAGGAGAAAGAUCCUUGGGGCGAGAAGACUAAGAUUUGUGGUGUAAGUGUGCAUGCAAAAUAUGGCGGGUGGUUUGCAAUAAGGGGAGUGAUUAUUUUUAAAGAUGUUUUAGCCCCCAACUUACCCAGAAAGGAACCUGAAGAUGUUGUGCAGGGAGAUGAAAAGCGAAUUGAAUUGCUUGAGCGGUUUAAUUUUCAUUGGAAGGACUGGAGCUUCAGGGAUAUUGUCCCCACAGAGGCCAAGUAUUCAGAGGAGCAGAAAAAGUACUUUGCUACUUUACCUGCCAAUCGGAAGGAGCUUCUGGAAUCUUUCAGGGAAAAGGCAGGCACUCCAGUUUAGUCCUUGUUAUGGCAUAGUUUUUUAGGAAUAUUUAACAAGGCCAUUCCCUUUUUUCUCUGUUACAUGUUGUCUUACCCAUCCAUUCAUUUGCCAUCAUUUAUAAAAAAAAAUUGCGUGGAGGGAGUUUGUGAUGCAGACUUGCCAACCACCAAAAGGCAAAAAAUGAGAGACUCUCAGCCUAGAGCUGGGAGAAGUAGUGAGAAAUGGGUAAAAAAAUCAGAAGAUGUCCCAAAUUUCCUAGUGGAAAGACUUCCAGUAGGUAUUGUGAGUAUUGGAAGUCACAUUUACCCACAAUGCUGCAGCAGCAGUAAAUAUCACGAUUAAUUUUACAAUUUAGGUUUUUUAAUUUUUCAUGUCUUCAGUGUUGGUGGCCAUCUUGAAAUAAGAGAAGCAGUAAGUCUGCACAUUUAAUGGCAGCAACAUUAAGUCAUAGUAGGCUAAAAGAAUGUAUUACUAAUCAAACACGACUGCUAAUCAUUUUCUUUGGAUUGAGCUGGCUACCUAUCGAUAUUUACCUGUAACUUGAAAUGGAACCUUACAACUCCAAAAUCCACAUUUUUUUUGGAGUUUGACUUUUUGAGAAAGCAUGAGAAAUUAGUUGUCAACUUGUGAGAAGGUGAGAUAUAGGAAUGCCAACCUCUGGAAAUCUAAAAUCUGGAGACCUCUCUCAUUGGCAUUACCCCCCUUCA